AUGUCUCUACAAUCGACCUUUUCGAGUACCAUCCACCUGCGCGACUUCGUCGACACCGUCAUAGAGGACCCGAGUCGUGAAAAUGCACCCAACUACGUCGAAAUACAGACCGACGUCAACAUCUUUGAGGAGAGUAGCUUCUAUAGUCCUAAUGUCAACGUCGAGCCUAUUCAUACCCGCAUCCAUGCUUAUCUCACACGAGAAGAAAGGGACCUCUAUGUGGCAAACACCUUCUUCUACGCCGACGGUCGCUUCUCUACUGCCCUUCACCCGGGAGACGUGUCUGACUUUGACAAGUAUCGACGCCACUUGCCAGAACAGUGGUGUCCGAUGGUGACCAUUAUCGGCUUCGUGCCAUCUCGUAGCGACAAGACUCUUGACUUUUCAGAGGACCGCUGCUUCGCCGUCGAAACAUCCGUCUACGACACCUCAAAAGCAGCUCCAGUCGCGUUCUCCGUCACCUGUUUCCUGGAAACCACCAAGCGUUGGCAAAAAGUCAAGAUCCCUCAGUCGGGAGCUUUUCUCAGUAUCACUGCCAAAGUCGCUGGCCGCACCACCGACACCAAUCAGCUGGCCCUCCGUGUCCUCGACUUGGCCUACCUACCGAGACCGGCUGCCGUCCCCACGGCCACGCCGACGCCAUCUUCUACUCCGACUUCGAAGCGAUCCGCCCGCUGGGAGGGUCGUGCCACUCCGUUCACCCCUUCUAAGAGGCGACGAGGCUCUGACAGCGCCAGCCUGGCGGGAUCUUCAUAUAAGAAACAGCUUCCGCAGCCUACAGAAGGCCAUUCUCAUGUAUCGAUUGCAGAAGAUAGCCCAGAUCCUCCGGCCAAUUCCCCCUCUAAUUCCCCAUCUCCGUCGGCCAUGGCCGACGCCGGCGAGUCUAGCAUCACUUUGCAUCCUUUCCCAGGCCCAGACGGCGGGACUAGGCCACAUCGCAAUCGCCAUCCCCCAAAGAAGUAUCCCCAUAAAGAAUAAAAAGUUGC